AUGACUAACAUGUGCUACAACGCCCUCGACCGUCACCUCCCACAGCAUAAAGACCGCGUGUGUUACUACUGGGAGGGUAACGCGGAGGGGGAAAGCAGCACGGUGACGUACGGCGAGAUGCAUGAGGCCGUUCUGCGGCUGGCAGCUGUGCUGCGGCACCGGUAUGGCAUUCGUAAGGGCCACGUGGUCACCUUGUACCUCCCAAUGAUUCCCUUCACGGUGCAGGUCAUGCUGGCGGCGGCCCGGCUCGGCGCCGUUGUCUCGGUCGUAUUCGCCGGCUUCUCCGCCAACUCGCUUGCCUCGCGCAUCAUGGACUCCGGCAGCGAGCUUCUCAUCACGGCGGACGCGUCUGCCCGUGGGGAGAAGCCCAUUCCGCUGAAGAAGGUCGCAGACGAGGCCAUCGCCGGGUGCGAGCGCAACGGCCGCCGGGUCCAAUGUCUCGUGUAUGAGCGGUACAACCGGGAGAAGAUCGCAAUGCAGGAGGGCCGCGAUCGGUGGUACGGUGACGUGGCCGCCGAGGUGACCGCCUCCCAGCUGGAGGACUGCCCCAUGGAGUGGGUGGGCGCGGAGGACCCGCUCUUCAUGCUCUACACCUCGGGCAGCACCGGCAAGCCAAAUGCCGUCGUCCACACCGUCGGGGGAUACAUGGUGUACGCGGGAACCACCUUCAAGUACAGCUUCGACUACCACGAGGACGACGUGUACUUCUGCACCGCGGACAUCGGCUGGAUCACGGGCCACACGUACCUGGUGUACGCCCCCAUGCUGAACGCCGCCACCUCCGUGCUCUUUGAGGGGAUCCCAACGUACCCCACGCCCUCCCGCUGGUGGGAGCUCGUCGACAAGCACGGCGUCACAAUUUUCUACACUGCCCCAACUGCCAUUCGGGCACUCAUGCAGUUUGGCGAUGAACCCGUCAAGAAGACGAGUCGCGCGACGCUUCGCGUCCUCGGCAGCGUCGGGGAGCCGAUUAACGUGGAGGCGUGGAGGUGGUACUACGUGGUGGUCGGCGAGAGCCACGUGGACAUCAGCGACACCUGGUGGCAAACAGAGACGGGCGGCCACCUCAUUACGUCGCUGCCGGGCUGCACGCCGCUGAAGCCGGGAAGCGUGACGCUGCCGUUCUUCGGCAUCGAACCGGGCCUGCUGGACGCAACGACGCUGAAGGAGAUCGACGGCCCCGGCGAGGGGCUCCUCGUGAUCAAGCGUCCGUGGCCGGGGCAGGCCCGUACCAUCUUCGGCGACGGUGAACGCUACGAGCAGGUGUAUUUCCCCGUGGAGGGGUACUACUUGACGGGGGACGGGGCCCGCCGCGACGAGGACGGCUACUACUGGAUCACCGGCCGCGUCGACGACGUGCUGAACGUCAGUGGCCACCGCAUCGGCACCAGCGAGGUGGAGGACGCAGUGAACACGCACCCCGCCGUCGUGGAGAGCGCCGUGGUUGGCGUCCCGCACGACGUGAAGGGGGAAGGCAUUUACGUGUACGUCACGUUUCACACGCACGUCACCAUCGACAAGGCGCUUCUCACCUCCGUGAAGGAGACGGUCCGCAAGGUGAUUGGGCCGCUGGCGACGCCCGAUCACGUCCACCCGGCGCAGUCUGGGCUUCCCAAGACGCGGUCCGGCAAGAUUAUGCGCCGCAUCCUGCGCAAAAUUGCCGCCGGCACAUUUGACGACCUUGACGACGUCACGACCCUCGCCGACCCAGGCAUUGUGGCCGAGCUCAUCGAGGGGCGGAAGGGGGUGUCGAUAUGA